AUGUCCCUGCCAGAUCAGCCUGAUCCAUUCUCCGCCAGUGCGAUCAAAGAACCUGAGCCUUUGCUGUCCCCGCACGACGGAAUAUGGGAUGGAUUCCGGUUCAACAAGUCACUCGAGAGCCGACUCUUUUGGUUGAAUGAAGGCGAGUCAGAGAGCUUGCCGGGUCUCAGAUCUGAGGUAUUCCAGUUGGAUCUACACGAUAUCCCUCUACCAGAGUUGUCGGAUCCAGCAUCCAUUUCCACCUCCGACUCCGAGAACGCCUAUUUCCAGAGCCUGGAUGGAGAUAUCCCCGGGGAUGAGGGCGAGGACGAGGAGGGAACUACGGACAUAUGGGCUCUCCCAGAAAUACAGAAUAGGCGUCGUCACAAUCCAUUGGUCAGCUGGGACGAUUUCCUGGACACAAGGCAUCAGGAACCGCCGUCAGGAUACCUUUCUGAAGCGGCUACCGGUGUACUCAACGUCAUACUCAAAGCCAACAAUGAAAGUAGUCCGCGGCCUAUCAAACCUGACGUUCUUUUAAACGCAGCCUACGAAUUGUGCUUGGGUCGGGAUUCGGUCCUGUUCAGUUGGGAUGAAAAGAACCGAGCGUUUGCGCCUCAGUGGCAGAAUGUCGCGGCACAUGCAUACAGCCCAAUGCUGGUGCAGAGCUGCUUUGAGGAAUUCGCAGUUGUUGGAAUGGCAAUCAAGAACCUCUCACACUCCCUCCGAGAAUUGGACCAGAGCUAUUCCCAACUGUCAUCUUCUCGAGUCGCAAUUUUAUCAGCCUCCCGAUCCAUACUGCAUGCCGUCCACCGAAACCUCUGCGAUGCCAGACCCGACAUCAUGUCACUGCUACAACUGAGAGGCAGGAUCGCCAAGAUACAGACGCUUCUUGAUGUUCUAGGUCAGUGUCAUGACGCCCUGGAUCAACAGCACAGACAAAGUCUGGCUGUGUGGAGCUUGCUUCAGAAGGCAACCACUGCUUCUCUGGAUUAUCCAAGCCUCAACGGAAUACUACAGCUUACUGUAUCUUGCACCUGCCGGCCCUUUCUAGCUGUCCUGAGUGCGCAGAUCGGGCUCAGCACAGACCAGCCCACGGAUGCUAGGCUUUCUGAGGGAGAACCGUGGAAACUGUUGCUCGAGUCGAGCGUCAGGAGCAUGAUUCAGGAAGCGCAAGAGAGCUUGAGCUUCUUGAGAAAGCAUGCUCCAGCUUGUUGCCUCCUCUCUACGACGGCGUUCAGAUCCUCACCUCUAAAGGCACUCGAACUCGGCUUCCAUUUUCAGGCUAUCUGCCAGCUGCAGUCUAGAGCCGUAGCCUACGAAGACGCGAUGAGGUCUCUGAUAGUCUCUGAAGAGUCGUCAGCCUCAACGAGUACGCUUGACACACCUAUUUCUGAAAGCUUCGGACUUGGAGAUUCUGCCGUUGUGCAGAAAGUGUCAGCCAAUCCAUUCCGGCUCGAAUCGAACAUCUUCAACAGCAGCGCCCACUUACUCGAAGAGAUCAAGGAUGACGGAUUCCAAGACCAGGUUGUAAGCUACCUGGAAGGGCAAGCUGUGGGUGGUUCGAGGCUCCCCAUUGGUUUCGAGGAGUCUCUCAAUCUGUCCACCACUCCACUCAUAUCAGCUCAACAUCGGCUUCUGUCUUAUUCGGUCUUGCGCUUGUUGUUUCAGGAGCAGAAUUUUCUAGGUCAUCUCGAUCUGCAACGGAGCUUUCAUCUGCUUCAGAAUGCCUCCUUCUCUUCAAGGCUCAGCACCGCUCUAUUCGACUCGAAUCAGAAUAGCGGUGAAAGUCAAAGAAGAACAAGUGCCUCUACUGGUCUUCGACUGCAGGCACGAGAUAGUUGGCCACCUGCUGGGUCAGAAGUGAGAUUGGUGCUCAUGAGUAUACUAUCGGACAGCCUGAGCCUUGCAAAUGGCCCUUUGGACAAAACCAUCUCCUUUUCCAUUCGAGAUAUGCCUCUUGAAGAGCUGGAGAAAUGCAGAGAUGUCGACUCCAUACACGCACUUGACUUUCUCCGACUUCAGUAUACGGCGCCAAACGAGAUACUGGAAGCGGUUAUUGCGCCAAGCAUAUUAGCCAAGUAUGAUCGCAUCUUUCAGUAUCUUCUGCGCACGAUGAGAAUGCAAGCCUUGACGCAGAGUAUGUUGAAAGACGAGAUUGAGCAGACGUCUGAUAAGACCACCGGACGCUCAUGUGACAAGAUCAUUGUUGAGAUGCAUCAUUUUAUCUCGACCGUGGCUGACUAUAGCCACAAUAUUGCAAUUGAAGUUUACUGGCGCAAAUUCGAAGCAGUAUUGCGUGAUGCUAAGACGCACAUCGUCAAUCAAGAUUAUGAACAGACAUUACGUGCGGUCCAGAGUUUGAAUCACCUGCGUGCCUUGCACGAGCGAACCCUCGAUCUCAUCCUUCACGCUCUUCUGAAACAAAGACAAGCUCGAACAAGACAGAUCUUGGAGGAGGUUUAUGACGUUAUUCUUCGAUUUUCCGCCGAACGACGAAAGAAGUUUGCGCCAAUUGCGCAAAUCAACAGUUCGAUUGACGGAACCAUGAAGCGCUUACGAAACGACUUUCGAACCAAAGUUUUGCAGUUUAUGGAUGCCCUGCGCUCCGGAAAACAGGCUCUCGACGUGACAGGAAAGGGGGAAUUUGAGCAGCUAGACGACUCUAGCGACGAUGUGGAUAUGUUUGAAUGCCUGCUCCUUCGGCUGGACAUGUCUGGAUAUUGGACCAGGCAGAGAGGCCGUGUCAUUACGACGCAAACCGACCUGUCAUGA